CUUCAACCAUCGCGGCUAACCAACUCGGCCUCCUCCUAAACAAACCUCGGGCGAGGGGAAAGCGCGGCGAGCGGCGGCGGCGGCGGUGAGGUCCAGCCAUGGUGGUCCACGUCGUGUACAGGAGGCGGGAGAACAGCUGGAGGGGGGCCGACUCGUCCGUGCGGUUCCUGGGCGCCGCCAUGAGCAGCAACCCGCCGAGCAAGCACCAGGUCCGCCUCGCCGGCCGCGGCGGCCUCGGGCACGCCCCCGCCUCCCCCGCCGGCGCGCGCAACGGUGGCCUCUCUCUGCGCGCCACCUCUCCGCCGCCGCCGACCGUCUCCAUCGCCUCCGUCGCUGGCUGGGAUUCCAUCAAGCUGCGGCUCGACGGCGAGGAGGGGCUGAAGGAGUUCUUGGCCGUCGGGGAUAAGGCCGUGGGGGCAGAGGAGGAGGCGGCGGUUUACGCGAGCGAGUGGCCGGCGGGCGGGGACGAGGUGACGUUCGACGCCCCCCCUACAGAUGAGGAGGUCCAUGCCGCCGUCGCCAGCAUCCAGCAGGUAUUUGAGAAUCCUUCGGGUGUGGAUUCUGAUGCACUCGAGUUACAAGCGCUCGCACUGCCCAUCGCAGGACUCUCUUCAUCUGGGAUGUUUGUUAACUAUUUUGCUGCCGAUUCUGAUGCAUCCGAGAAGCAAACUGUCCAAAUAGCCAACUUAGGGAGUUCUCCAUCCAACAUCGGAUUAGACGAGUGCACUGAACCUGGCACACUUGCACUUAACUCGACUGCUCUUAUGACAAGGGAACAUCAAAAUGUACUGGACGCAUUCCAGCUGUUGAAAGAAGAUGCCUCUGUUCAGAAAAUGGUUAUGGCCUUGUCAACUGAUAAGGCUGUAUGGGACGCUGUCAUGAACAAUGAGGUGGUGCAAGAAUUUAAGAAGUCCUUCCAGGAUGCUAAGGAAACUGAUAAUAAGGGGAGCUCUAGUGCUCCUCCUGGAAUGAUGCAAUGGGUCCUGGAGAACACCCAGGCGAAGAUCAAGGAGUUCCUUGAGAAGAUACUUCAGCUCGUGCACACGCUCUUCCAGGCCCAGAGCAUGGACUACGAUUUGUCUGACGAUGUAGUGAGAAUGUCCUUCAUGCUCUCGGUGUUCGUCUUCAUCGUCGUAACAAUAGCUCGCAUAAAGUGAGCACAACAAUUCGUCGACUUCACACUUGGUGGUUAGUAUUGUACAGGAUCAGUUAUAGUCCUAGUGAUUUUGUAUGGGUUUCUUAUGGUUGUGAUCAGGGACAGUGUCCGUCUUAGUUUCCAGGUCUAGAACAUUAAAAGUUGCCGUGCUGUUACAAUUCUCAGUGGAAAUUCAAUAUGUUUACUCUGUGGGUUGUGGUAAUAAUUGUUUUUAUCAUCCA